GCCUCCCCGGCCCCCGGCGCCGGCGGCAGGAGGAUCCUGCGCACCCAGACCGCGGGCAACCUCGGCGAGUCCAUCUUCGACAGCGAGGUCGUGCCCUCCUCGCUCGUCGAGAUCGCGCCCAUCCUCCGCGUCGCCAACGAGGUCGAGGGCAGCAACCCGCGCGUCGCCUACCUAUGUCGCUUCUACGCCUUCGAGAAGGCGCAUCGCCUCGACCCCACCUCCAGCGGACGUGGAGUUCGCCAGUUCAAAACCGCGCUCCUGCAGAGGCUCGAAAGGGAAAAUGAUCCCACGUUGAAGGGGCGGGUGAAACAGAGCGACGCGCGCGAAAUGCAGAGCUUCUACCAGCACUACUACAAGAAGUACAUCCAGGCGCUUCAGAACGCCGCUGAUAAAGCUGACCGUGCUCAGCUCACCAAGGCGUACCAGACUGCAGCCGUCUUGUUUGAGGUCCUCAAGGCCGUCAAUGUUUCGCAGAAGAUAGAACUUGAUCAAUCAAUUGAGGAAACUAAUAAAUUAGUCGAGGAGAAGAAAAAGCUCUAUCUCCCUUUCAAUAUCCUCCCGCUCGAUCCUGACAGCGCGCAUCAGGCUGUUAUGCAAUAUCCUGAGAUACAAGUUGCUUUUUAUGCUCUUCGUAACACAAGGGGUCUGCCAUGGCCCAAGGACCAUGAAAAGAAGGCGAAUGCAGAUCUUCUUGAUUGGCUGCAAGCUAUGUUUGGCUUUCAGAAAGAUAAUGUAUCCAAUCAAAGAGAACAUCUCAUACUCUUGCUUGCCAACGUGCAUAUAAGGCAGCUUUCCAAACCUGAGCAACAACCAAAGUUAGAUGAUCAUGCGCUGGAUAUAGUUAUGAAGAAGCUCUUUAAAAACUACAAGAGAUGGUGCAAGUACCUUGGCCGCAAAAGCAGCUUAUGUUAUAAGCUCUUCAUGGUCAAGGAGGAAAGCAGAGAUGCUUUAAACUGGGGAGUGAAGUUGUUCGUGCAGUUGUCAAGUGAAGCUUUCCAGGCGCCUAGAGGAUGGAGACCAAUCAUCCAGAGGCUGACAGGUUGA